ACGUGGGCGAGACGAAUCGGGAGGAGUUGGAGGGCUUGCCGACUCGAGGCAGGAUUGGUCUCCCACCGCCCCCAUCUUCUCGGCUGCCAGGGCGCUCGGGCCGGCCGGCUGCGUGGCUGAGCCUCUGCCAGACCAAGGCGAAGCCCCCUCCUCGCCCGCCCCCAUUGCUGCGAUCUUUCCCCGCUCUGCAUCUUCAUCUUCAUUCAUUCAUUCCUCCAUCCGUCCGUUCAUUCAUUCAUUCAUCCAUCUCUCUCUUUCUCUCUCUCUCUGCCACCGAUCCAGCCACCCACCCACCCCCGUGACGAGCGGAGGCGGGCGGGGCCCCUCGGCCAUGGCCACCUGCUGCGCGGAUUCGCCGCCGAGCUCCACGCACGUCCGGGACCAGCCGGGCGCUCGGGGGGCAGCCGGGCGCACCUGAACCGAACGGACCCCACCUUCCUUCUUUCCUUCCUUCCUUCCAUCCAUCUAUCCUAGCCAGCCAGCCAGCAGGGCGCUCGCACGCUUCCCCCCCCCCCGAAGGGACUUUAUGCGGAGGCUUCCGAGACCCCCUUGGAGGCCGGCGUGGGCUCCUCUGUCUCUGCUUUCGGGGGGAAGAGGUCGGGGAGGAGGAGGAGGAGGAGGAGGAGAGGAUCCGGCCGGCAGCCCCCCUAACGGCCUCGGCAUCACCGGAGGCGAGGAGGAGGAGGAGGAGGAGGAGGAGGAAGGGGCUCAGAAUCUCUACCGCGGAGGAGCAGCCCGGGGAGGCGGGAAGCAGACCUGUAGGAACAGCAGAGCCGCCUGCCUGGAAGGGAGAAGAUGCCAUUCCAUCAUGUCACGGCUGGGCUGCUGUACAAGGGAAACUAUCUGAACCGGUCCCUCUCAGCAGGAAGCGACAGUGAACAGUUGGCCAACAUCUCAGUGGAAGAAUUGGAUGGUAAGGAUUGACUAAACUGUUGGUAGGGAGGAACAUAGGGUUCUGUUUUUAUUUAUUCUUUCAAAUAAUUAGUUAAGUCUUACAAACUUGAAA